UGCUACGCUGUCUUCGUGUGUUCCUUGAAGGGCACAGUUGCACUCUAGAGCUGUCAACUGUUCAUGGCCAGGCCUCCAGCAAUGCUUGCUUGACGAGGGUUUGACGGCUAUCAUCACAUUAUAGGGUCGCAAAGUUCAACAUCGUGGCCCGUUGGCCGUUCUGGUACUCAUCAGCCACCACCAAACACAAUGGAACUCCCCAGACAGAAACGCACACUCCUCUUCACCGGGAAGACGGUGAUGCAUGGACGCUUCUCUCACCAGGCAUACCAUGCCUCAACGAUUUCCAAAGUCUAGGAUUCGUCAACCAUAAAUGGGCAACCCUUGACAUGCUUUUCUGCUGGACCACUCUGCGGCGGUACCGGCAUUUCCGCUGUUCCACUAUCAUCCUGGCAGCAAGGCAAAAGGUUGACACACCACGGAUACAGUUGACCAAAUCCACUGGUAUUCAUCAGCUACAGACGUACCGUACGGGUACACAGCAUUUUUAUGAGGCCGCGGCAAUGGCAUGGCAUCUCAGUAAUAAUGAUCUAUCGGUACAGAGUCAUCUUGCGGGCGGGACGACAACGCGUCGCACGGAAACCGUAAAGAAAGAAGAUACAUGUCAGAGAUCGGCAGGCGACGCGUCCAUCUUUUGCCGCUCGGGAAUUAAAACGUCACGCUGGCUACACACACGCACACACGCGACUGAAUUUUUUAUAUUUGGCUUCUGGAAGACAUCGACGCCGCCGCCGCCGCCACCCCCCGUUGACGAGUCCCGGCCGAACUGGAGGCUGUUGACCUCCACCUUGGGCAGCAUUGGGCUUCUACCAACGGUCAUCUCAACCUUCGUCUCUUCAUCCUGUCCUGGUGCGCAGGAGGCGAAUUGAUCGCUCAAGCAUCUUCAAAUCCUGAAACCACCAUCAAAGGUUCAUUCCGGCCGAAUGGCGAGGACUGAGUCAAGAUUCCUCAAACUUCACAGG